AUGGAGGCGAUGCGCAACCGACUGCUCGCGCAGCAGCUCGGAACUAGCGCGCCGACGCAGACGCCUGUAACUAGCAAUGAUACGCGUACGCCGCAAACUCCGUGCUCGCCACAGACUCCACAGACCCCGGCGUCGCAGCAUGCGCGCCCUUUUGUACAGCCAUGGCGAACUGAGCCUCGUGUGCGGAUGAUGCCAAUGAGCCCAAGCUCCCCUGCGUCUGAGCGACCUGCUGGGUUUGGCACACCGACUAGGAUGCGUGCAAUGCGGACAAAUAUUUCUUUGCUCCAGUCGCCAUGCCCACGUACACCGGAUCGCUUACCCAGAACGCCGAACCGCGGAUCGCCGCGCAAGGGCGACCCUAGUACACCGUUUGAACGCACGCGCAUAUCGCAGGCAGAGCGCGAUAAGAAGCUUCUUGCUAUGCUCCAAGGGCUGGUAACGACAUUGGGCGACGUGGAUAUGCGCAAGGCGCGUGUGGAUGGCGGAAUCCUUGCUGACGACAUGGGUCUUGGAAAAACAGUGCAAAUGCUAGCACUCAUUAUGCAGCAUCGCUCGUUGGCAAAUCUCGGUGAGCGCCCAAGCAAAGUGUCAAAAGCAGACGAUGCCGACGCACUCCUCGAGCAGCGGGAGUCCGAAGUGUAUGCAAGCAAGCCGAAAACGACUUUGAUCGUCGCGCCGCUUGCCGUGGUUGAGCAAUGGAAACGAGAGGCGCACGAGAAAACCGGUCGUGCAUUGCGUGUCUAUGUUCAUCACGGUGCUGGCCGAGCCACGGCGCCCAACUGCCUCCAAGAGGUCGAUGUUGUAGUGACGACCUAUGCAACUGCGGCAAACGAGUACGCCGCUUAUGUUGCGUCGAAGCAAGGCAUACAGAAGCAGGGCACCCAAGACAAACCCAUUCAAGUUGGCGCGGACGAUACAUCGAGUGAUUCUGACCUUUCCUUCUCUUUUCCAAUCAAAAAAGCCGUGCGUAGUUACCCCCUAUACCAAGUGAAAUGGCUCCGCGUUGUGCUGGAUGAGGCGCAGAAUAUCAAGAAUUACCGCGCCAAAAGCAGUCAGGCAUGCUUCGAGCUCUCGCUGAAUGCCGCAGCGCGGUGGUGCCUCACCGGGACACCGCUACAGAACAAUGUGCUUGAGCUGUUUAGCCUUAUCCACUUUCUGCGGCUGAGUCCUUUCGACGACUUGUCGCAUUUUCGUGCCCAGAUCGACGAGCCGCUGAAGAGUACGAACAACGCGAGCACCGAGCGCGGGAUGAAACGGCUUUGUGUGGUGCUGCAGACUGUGAUGCUGCGCCGCACAAAAGAUGUCAAGUACAAAGGCGAAAGACUGUUAAACUUGCCCACUCGCACAGUCAAGAUCAUUUCUCCCGAAUUUCAAACCGACGACGAGCGCGACUUUUACCGCGACUUGGAGUUGCGCAUGGCCAAGCACUUACAGGAGCAGCAAGGGAAGCAAGGAGCAAACUACAUGGGUGUGCUAGUGAUGCUAUUACGACUCCGGCAAGCUUGUAAUCACCCAGCAUUACUCACCGGGACACCGGAAAGCGAGCCGCGCUCCAGCGAUGAUAAGCUUGGCGAGCCGCGCAUUAUGCAGCAAGAAGUAACAGACGAUGACGAGCUUGCCGAUCUAUUGCAAAACUUGUCCGUUGCAUCGCGGCACUGUAUGCGAUGUCAAGUGGCCAUGAAAGCAAACGAGGAGAAGACGGUGUGUGCACAGUGCGAAGCGCAAGCCCAGAAAGAAGCAAGGCACGGUAUUUCCUGGAAAAGCAUGCCUUCUACAAAACUCGCCAAGAUCCUCGCGUUGCUAACAGAGAUUCGGAGCGCCAAAGGGGAUAAAGCGAUUGUGUUUAGCCAGUUUACCUCUUUUUUGGAUUUGAUCGAGCCGAAUCUGCGGUUCCAUGGUUUUAAUUUUGUGCGAUACGAUGGAAAAAUGAGCCGUACCGCGCGCGAAGAUGCACUAGACGCAAUACGAUCAAGGGAUGAGGUCACUAUAAUUCUCAUCUCUUUCAAGGCUGGCAGCACAGGGCUAAACCUGACGUGCUGCAAUCAUGUGAUUCUCUGCGACUUAUGGUGGAACCCACAAAUCGAGGAACAAGCGUUCGAUCGCGCGCACAGACUUGGGCAAAAAAAACAAGUAUACGUUUAUAAACUCUCCAUUGCCGGUACGGUAGAAGAGCGGAUCCUGGACCUUCAGGAAAAGAAGCGUGCACUGGCCAAGGCCGCGCUGGAAGGAAGCAGCUAA